AUGUCAGUACGCGAACAUUCGCAAUCAAGCGAAGACUUUCCGACCGACAAGAGCUCCAACCCAUCCAAUAGCAGUUCCAUAAUGUAAGUUCCUCCUUGAUCAUUAUUUUCUUGAUAUUUCACCAAAUUUUACAUUCUCCCUCAAAAUUUUUUUUCAAUCAUUGCCCUAACUUUUUGGAGUAAAAUCAUCCCAAAUUCUGAAUCUUCAAAAAAUUUUUAUAUAAAGAAAAAUAUUUUGCCUUUAUCACCUGAUAUGCCUAACCCUUUAGCAUCGUAAAAAGAAAGCCAGGUGAGUUCCUACAUGACUGUUCGCCAACAGAUAUGUCGUUGGAAGAGUUUACUCGGAGAUUUUGUACCAUGAACGUGUAUCGAGUGUUCUUCGACUACACCACGAUCCUACAAUCGGACACAAAGCAACAAUGUUUCCCGGACGAUAAAUACUACGAACUGAGUCGCUACGCCGAUGUCAGAUGCUUCGAGGAGACUAGAGUCAAAGUUCCGUGAGUUUUUGCUACCUAACCUUUAUAACUAUUAUACUAUACUAACUUAAUAUUACUCGUUUCAGCUGCAAAAUCGGCAAAGAAACCCAUGAUUACAUCCACGCAAACUUUGUGGAUGGAUAUCGUGAAGACAAGAAGUUCAUCCUAACUCAAGCCCCAUUACAAGCAACCGUGGAACAGUUUUGGCACAUGAUAUGGAACGAGAGAGUGACAUUGGUAACGUGCUUGACCAUUAUUGAUGGCGUCAAAUGUCCACGAUACCUACCAGUAAAUUCGGCGGAAAAGAUGACUCAAGGCCCCUUUACUAUCACUCACGCUGGAACCAGACACAUUCGGGAAAUGUACGAUGCCACUGUGUUGUUCGUAAGUUGAAACAAACCUUUAAUUUUAAAUAGUUGAAAUAUAACUAAUCAAAAACGUAGAAGAUCUGUUAAAAAAUUAUAAAAUCUAUUAAAAAAGCCAAAAUAUUGUCUAGUUUCGCUACCCAUAUAUGUUAACUAGCCAAAACCUAAAAAUGUACUGUGAAAAGUUAAAUUGUUUAGCUAUCCAAAGAGAAUGAACCAGCAAGAAAGAUUUUGCACAUUGCAUUUUACUGUUGGCCAGACAAGGGAACUCCAACUCGGCCGACUGAGAUCUUGAAUCUACUCGAAGAUAUGAACUACAACAGAAAAUUGCUCAAAGAAGAAGCUAUCAAAGCUAAUUGGCUAAAAGAGAAAGAACCGUAAGUUGAGGAUGCUUCAGAUAAUGGUGUGUCAUAGUGAAAACACCAAAACGCAGACGUUGUUUUAGUAAAAUUUCAAUAAAACUACGUUUUUCAGGUCCCCAAUCCUAGUUCAUUGCCUAGCCGGAGUUGGUAGAAGUGGAGCCUUGGCUGCAAUUGACAUUUGCAGUCGAAAACUGGACGAAACCUUUGAAAAAUCUUUUGGUCCCAAAGCUGAUAUCCGCGAAACCGUCACCAAGAUCCGAACCCAACGUGAGAUGGCCGUCCAGAAGCCGGAACAGUACAUGCUGGUCAACAUGGCCGUUCUCGAGUACGCGCUGAGACAAAGAUACUUUAACAAUGUCGAUUUUAUCGACAUCAACUCGUUCCUGGCCAUUGAAAAGUAA